CAACAUAUCAAAAUGUCUAGGCCUUCUCAUUUCAAUUUCUCAAAAUCUUCUUCUUCGUCUUUAGCUCUUACCUCAACGAAGAUGAAAAAACAUAUCCACACUCUCAUAGUUUCUAGCAUGUGCCGAAUUAUUCGUGCACUAUCCAAAGUCAAAUCUACUUUAGUUAACACUCUCAGGGACAAAAAUUCCAAUAUUAACUUCCCUUACCCUUCAAAUAAAGAACAUUUCAACAAGAGAAAAAAGUUUAUUAUGGGAUCAUUCAGGCUUCACUAUAAUUGGUCUUCAAGAUCUAAUUCUCAUGUUAUGCCGGUUCCGUCUCGAGUUUAUGAAGGUUUGCCUAAAGCUCUUACUUUAGGCCAACAAACUCAGAGUCAUGACUAUUGUCACGACUCUGAGCUUGCAGGAUAUCUGCAAUGGCUUGAGGAGAGUAACGAUAUUGAUGGUGAUGGAAAUAAGGGGAAUGAAAAGGAUGAAGGGAUUAUUAAGGAUGUUGAUAGGUUGGCCGAAAUGUUCAUUGCAAAUUGUCAUGAAAAAUUCAAGGUUGAAAUGGAAGAGUCUUGUAGGAGGCAUCAAGAAAUGUUGGCAAGGAGUCUGUGAUGAAAAAGUUAUGCAUACAAUAUUAGCUUAUGUUACAAAUUAGAAUUGAAGUCACUUGUUAAGCCACUCCUAUAUCCUUUGGAUGUAUCUAUAUGUACAUUAAAGCCUAGCUUCAUAUUUGUCUUUUACCUUUUUUUCAUUUCAAAAGUUGAAAAUGGAGGAGAGGGGAUUGAACAGCUCUAUAGGAUGGGAUGGAUGUGCAAUUGUGCAAUACUUUUAAUCAUAAUUAUGGUAGCUUUUAAGUGUUGUAAAAAAAUGAAUAUGCUCUAUCAAGUUAACUCUUUUAUAUUUAUAUGUU